UGCAGUCUGCUGUGAUAUGAAGUGACGACGUGCUGAGAGUGUGAAACAGGAAGACUUGGACAACUUCCUUUAAAAUGUGAUGGAUCCUACUCAAAGGCCAAAUGGACCAAUCCAGAGACAGGAUGCUUGUGUCAGUGACCUGCCCAUGCCUCUGAUUGCUGAUGAUGAUAUUUACGAGUAUGUUGAAGAAAAUCCGUAUGAGAGCACCUUGAGUGGGCUCAUCAUACCCCCAACCGAAUCCCAGCCCAAACCUCCAUGCCCUCCCAGGGGGCAGGGGGCAGGAGGGCCGGGGGAUACGGACCGCCCAAACAUAAAUGGACCUCCCCCAGUCACUCGCCCUCUCCGUCCCCCUCCCCCUCCCCCUCCCCCCAGACCCAGGUUUCCUAGUGCAUGUUUGCCAGUCAGACAAGUCCGUGCACCACCCCCUCCUGUCCCCCAAAGGAUAAACGUACCCCUCGGCAAAAUCAAAAAGCAGAGCUGUGAUGAAUACACUGCCCCCCCUCAAAAGCUGAAUCGUUCCAGGACGGAAAUAGACAAUCAUGAUCCAUGGGCCAUCAAAGUAACGGACACCCCAGAGGGCAGCACCAAGACCCUGGCCUCUUUUAGUGCAGCAACUUCCAA